GCUAGUAGCAGUCCGUAGUCAGUUAAAGUGUCUGCAACAUGAAGACUAUUGUGCUUUUGGCAUUCUGUGCGCUUGCGGCUUCGGCCUACGCUCUGGAGGAAUCUGAGCGUGUUAAUGGAGAGAACGGCUGGUAUGUGCCUAAGGCUGACGGCUCAUUCGAGUGGUUCGAUAUGGACGCGGCUGAGGAAUGGCUGGAGAAUCAAGAAAUGAUGGAGGAUCGUGCUCUGUCCACCACUCCUGUCACCUACUAUCUGUACACUCAGGCUAAUCCCAACAAGGGCAAGAAGAUUACAGCUACCACAAAGUCCAUUAAUGCAUCCGGCUUCAAUGCUGCUAAUCCCACUAGAUUUGUUAUUCAUGGCUGGACCCAGGGCUACAGAGCUGGCAUGAACAAGGAAAUUCGUGCUGCUUGGUUGUCCCACGGUGAUGUCAACGUGAUCGUUGUUGAUUGGGCUCGCGCUCGUUCCGUUGACUACGCUUCAUCUGUUGUGGCAGUGCCAAAGGUUGGCAAGAAGGUCGCUGGCAUGAUCAACUUCCUUGUUUCUCAAUACGGCAUGUCCUUGGACAAUACCUACGUCAUUGGCCACAGCUUGGGCGCUCACGUUGCUGGCUAUGCUGGCAAGAACACCAACGGCCAGGUGCACACCAUCGUCGGCUUGGACCCUGCUCUGCCACUGUUCAACUACAACAAGCCCGCCAAGCGUCUGGCCUCCACCGAUGCCUACUAUGUGGAGUCCAUUCAGACAAACGGCGGCACCUUGGGCUUCCUCAAGCCCAUUGGCAAGGGCGCCUUCUACCCCAACGGCGGUGAGCACCAGCCCGGCUGCCCCCUGGAUGUCACCGGCGCCUGCUCCCACGGACGCUCGACCACCUACUACGCUGAGGCUGUCAACAUUGACGACUUUGGCACCAUUAAGUGCGGCACCUACCAGGCAGCUGUGGCCAAGGACUGCGGCAGCACCUACAGCAGCGUUCGCAUGGGCGCUGAUACCAACGCCUACAUGGUUGCUGGCGAGUUCUACGUGCCCGUCAACAGCAAGGCGCCAUUCGGCAACAUUAACUAAACUAUGAAAUAAACAACUCUGCUUAUAAA